AUGGCGGAAGGCAAGAAGACGGACGACUACACGAUCCAGAUGGAUUCGAUAGACCAGGGCAACAAGAGUUUCGAGGCGCCGCCGCCGCCGCCUCAGCCUAGGAGUCCGCCGUCGGGCUCGCUCUCCAACAAUCCCGUCUUGCCCGUCCUGGCCUACUGUGGAUCGUCGAUUUUGAUGACUGUCAUGAACAAAUAUGUUUUGUCCGGCACCGAUUUUAACCUGAACUUUUUCCUUCUCUGUAUCCAGUCUCUCGUUUGUAUCAUCGCGAUUCAGACCUGUAAAUCAUGUGGCUUGAUCACUUAUCGUGACUUCAGUGCGGACGAGGCCAGAAAGUGGUUCCCAAUCACUCUACUUCUGAUUGGCAUGAUCUAUACCGGCUCGAAGGCCCUUCAGUUCCUCUCGAUUCCCGUAUACACUAUUUUCAAGAACCUGACAAUCAUCCUCAUUGCGUACGGCGAAGUGCUCUGGUUCGGUGGCUCGGUCACCGGUCUUACCCUCUUCUCCUUCGGACUGAUGGUCAUGAGCUCCAUCAUUGCCGCCUGGGCCGAUAUCAAGCACGCUGUUGAAAGCACCGGAGAUGCGACUGCCAAGGUGUCAACUUUGAAUGCUGGUUAUAUCUGGAUGCUGAUCAACUGCCUCUGCACGUCCUCCUAUGUGCUGGGCAUGCGCAAGCGGAUCAAGCUGACCAACUUCAAGGACUUUGACACGAUGUUUUACAACAACCUUCUGUCGAUCCCCGUCCUGAUCGUUCUGUCUGGCUUCCUGGAGGACUGGUCGUCCGCCAAUGUCAACCGCAACUUCCCCCCGGUGGACCGCAACAGUAUCGUGUUCGCUAUGAUUCUCUCGGGCUUGUCGUCCGUGUUUAUCUCCUACACCUCCGCCUGGUGUGUUCGCGUCACCUCGUCAACCACCUACUCCAUGGUUGGAGCUCUGAACAAGCUGCCCAUUGCCAUCUCGGGGCUCAUCUUUUUCGACGCUCCUGUCACCUUCCCCAGUGUUUCGGCUAUCGUUGUCGGCUUUGUUAGCGGCAUCGUCUAUGCCGUGGCCAAGAUCAAGCAAAAUGCCAAGCCAAGAACUGGUGUUUUGCCGACCGCCAAUCCCCCCGUCAGCGCUAGCAGCCAGAGUAUGAGAGACUCGCUGCGAUCCUAA